GCUUUCCUCGGCGCAGCUGUGACGUCACGUUACCGCUCGCGCCGCUCAUUCGAACCAUUUCGAAUCUUUAGUCAAAGUCAAAUGUCGUAGCUGCUACUAGUUUUCGCAAUGAAAUAAGCAAUGUGCGUCGGCUUUCAUUAAUUUCGCCCUCGGGCAAGCAGCCCAUGCAAGUAAUAUGUCGAACAUCAAGGUAGCUGUCAGGCUGAGGCCUCCCAUUGAAAGGGAGAUAAACAGUGGCGAAAAGGCCAUCUGGAAGGCACAUGGCAACACUAUAUAUAUGGAAUCUGGAAAAAUCAACUCACUCCACACAUUCGACCAUGUUUUUGACUCUACAAGCACCAACCUUGAAGUUUAUCAAAAGUACUGCCACCCAAUUGUGGAGUCAGUUAUGCUAGGCUUCAAUGGGACCAUCUUUGCCUUUGGUCAAACGUCUUCUGGCAAGACGCACACAAUGAUGGGAAACAGCAGCCAGCCUGGCCUUAUCCCCCUGGCCAUAAAUGCUAUCUUCGACAUCAUCCAAAAUGUGCCAGAACGGGAGUACUUAUUACGAGUCUCCUACAUGGAAAUCUACAACGAAAAUAUCCUAGACCUCUUGGACAACGGUGAUGGAAAGCACCUGCAGAUUAGAGACAAUGUGGAUGGCCAGCCUGUCAUUGUGGAUUUGACUGAAGUUCCUGUUGGCUCCAAGGAAGAAAUUGAGUCUGCAAUGAACAAUGGUGAACGUCGUCGCCACGUGGCCAGCACUGAAGCAAAUCAGAGGAGUUCCCGGUCCCAUUCAAUAUUCAGAAUGGUGAUUGAAAGCAGUCUCAGGGAUGGAACAGAUGGGGCCGUCGCCAUUGGCCAGUUGAACUUAGUAGACCUUGCGGGGUCAGAACGCACAGAGCAGUGUGGGGACUUAGGAGAACGUUUUCGGGAGAGCACCCGCAUCAACGUCUCUCUCACAUUCCUCACGCAAGUCAUUUCCAAGCUCAGCCGAGGAGAAAGGGGUCACAUCAACUUCAGGGACUCCAAACUGACUCGCAUUCUUAGGAACUCGCUGGGUGGCAAUGCACAUACUGCCAUUGUGUGCACAGUCAACCCAUGCUGCUUGGAGCAGACACUUCGCACUCUCCAGUUUGCAAGCUCUGCAAAGAAGAUACAGAACACUCCCAAGGUGAAUGAGAUUGUGACCAAUGAUGCUCAGAUCCGCCGCUAUCACAUGCAAAUUGAAGAGCUCAAGGGUAAAGUGAGGGACUUGGAAGGAAGUACGCUGACUAAGACUCUGCAGGAGAAAAAUAGCCAGAUUGACGAGCUCAAGAACCAGGUUCGGUCGCUGGAAAAGAAGCUGCUUGUCUCCACCCUCCCACAGUGCCGGAAGCAGCGUCGGGAGACAUGGGCAGCUCCAAGGAGGAUAGAUAGCUCAUCUGGAGCCCCGCUGCCCUCACUGCCCUUUCUCAGAGCUGUGCCAGCUAGCAAGGCUGUGGAAAGUCCAGAGGUGUUUGAAGAGCGAGGUCGACUGUCAACUGUCAUGGAAGAGAGCGAGUCAUCGUUUCACGCCAUUUCCUAUGAUGACUUUGAAAAGCAACUUCAGAGAGAAGAGAGAAUUCGAAGGUCAGCUGUUCUUCACUCAACGGACAACACACUGGGCUCUCUGAGUGCUUGCAGCAACACCAUGUGCGCUGAAAGGAUUGCAUUCCUGGAGAAUGAGCUCAGCAUUGUGAGAAAAGAAUACAAAGAGCUGGAAGAAAUGACUAGACUGGAACGUUUAAUGUGCACGACAUCUCGACGGCCCGCUUCAUCAGACAAGCUAGGUGAAGCAGAAAGUGCAGCACCGAUCUUACCAUCUGAAUCCACACAGAAAUCCCCACUGCUUAUUUCAGCUGAAAAGACAGAUUGGGCACAGAGCACACCAAUCUCCCGUCUGAAUGAAUGCUGUGUCCAGACGCUAUUGGCAUCCAGGAAAAACCUGCCUUGUGCAAGUCGUAUAAGUGGUGCUUUCUUUAGCCCAUUGGCUGUCAGUUCUGCCCUGGCUGAACAUGAUGACAGCUCAAAAGCCAGCCUACCUACCACUAGCCCAGAGGGUUGCCAGAAGAGGGAAUCUACACAAGGGUCAAGUUUGCAUACACCAAGAACUGUGCUAUGGUCAUCCCAUUAUUCCCCAGCUGCCUGCAUCGAUAACACACCUGCUAGCCUAUCGGAAACUCGGCAAGGAGUCAAUCAAAAAGUGUCCAAGCCCUUGUGCUCUGCCCAAGCCACACAAACUGACGACAUGCAAUGCCUGCAGGCACCUUGGCACAUACAAACACUGUCCAUUAAGACAGAAGACAGUGGCAUGUUGCAGCAAGUUCAAGCGCCCACAGUAGAUACAAUGUGCCAGACUGACUCUGAGGAUGUGGGAGAAGCAUCAAGGCCUCUAAUGAUUGAGCUGUCCGGAAACAAUGCUGCUGUGCAUCUAAAUGACUCAACAUUAGAUGUUAAUUACCACAAAAGAACUCUCACGAAGUCUUCAGAAAUCCAGACCUCUGAUUUGUGUUGCAAUAUAGUCGAAGGACAGUUGGGAAGACCGGAGCUUACAGAUGCAGCAAUCUCUUGCCACCUCUACUUCGAACAGCUUGUUGAAUGCCAUGUUCAGACUGAGCCCUUUGCGACAGUAUGCAGUGCCAUGGAGGUGGCCAAGCAGGAGGCAGAAUGUGUGUUUACUGGUGUCGGCGAUCAGGUGUCUCCUGUUAAGAUUUGUUCUGUACAGAGUUGUGGUGUUCAAACCUUUGUGGAUGCAAAGGACCAUGAGUCGCAAGUGAACACAUCUUUGGCUGACAACUACAGAGCAGAUUUCGGAACCCAGGCAGUGAUGGCGAUGCCAAGCGGCACUUGCUGUGGUGUUCAAGCCAUUCCAGACGUUGAGGACUAUGCUUCACAAGUGAGCACGUCAUUUGCUGAAGGAUACAGGACAGAUUUUGGAGUCCAGGCCAUGGCUGAAGUGCUGAACCAUGCUUCACAAGUGGAUGUGCAAUUCACCAGGAAUGGAGCAACAGACUGUGCUGUGCAGUGCGAGUUGCUAGCACCAGAUGAUGACAUAGAAACACCAGCUCCUAAUGCUGUAGAUUGUGAGGUGCAGGCCACAUUACUGGUACAAGAGUGUGCAACACAGACAGAACAGUGCCUUUUGUAUUGUGAUCUCAGAGAUAGCGAUGUGCAGGUUGCACCAUCUAUGCGAGACAGUGCGGUGCAAGUUGAACAAACUUCUAGAAGCAGCAUGCUGCACUGUAGUGUGCAGACUACAUUGCAGUCCUUUUGUGAUAGCUCUACACAACCAGAGUGCCAAGUCCCUCGAGCUGUAGGAGUUCCCUGUGAGGUGCAGGCUGUUCCAGUAACCAGAAGCUGUGCAUCACAGGUGAAUGCAUCCCUGACGUCACAGGUCACACCUGUUUCGAAAUCGGCUUCUACUCCUUUUGCCACAGGUGGAAGUAGCCAGUUUAGGAUGUUCUCCGUCAAAAGCAUUCUAGCAGAUAGGCCUGAAAAUUCGAUGCCGUUAGAUGCUUCGGCAUCCAGUUCAGCAAGUGGAAGCGCAAGACGUCGGCAGUUCGGCCAUCCUGGCGGUGAUAUCCUGGCGGCUCUCCAGGCCAGUCAGCAUAAAUUUGUCAAAGAUGAGGAAGGCGGUGGGUUCUCAUCAUCUGGUCACCAAAAGGUUGUAGACCAUACCUCUCCAGCCCCAUCAAUUCCAGCCUUGGGAAGGAAAACCUGGCUUCAACAAAGUAAAAUGGUCAGAGUAUCUGUUGCUGUCCAGGUAGACAUCUGGAGUGUGCAAGAAAUGCAAGAACUUCAUCAGGAAAGGAGCAGCAUGCAGCUUCGCAUGGAAAAAUACAAGAAAGCAUCGCAAGACUGGGAGUCCCAGUACAAGCUUCGGGAGAAGGCUGCCAAGAAGCGAGAGAUAGAACUUCACGCUAUAAUCCGCCAGCUUAAAAACAAGGAUGCAGACACCUCAGUAGUGGCUGCCUGUGGAAGUGGGGUUGCAGCAGCAACUUCGGCAGGAGGCGAGGCCCUCCGAAAACCAGGGGCGCCAGCCAAGCCACUGGCCACCGAGUCAUCCGCAUCUCUGGCUCAGCAGCUCAAGGCCAUGACUCCCCGUUCACGGGAGGGCGCACGACUCGUCUACUUUGGUCGGAGUCUGAAGGAACAGGCCAUUGCUGAGGAAGUGCAGGUGGCACAGCUUAGGGCCUCCGCUGCCUCCAAAACCCAACGGCUGGCAUCUGCAGAGAGGAGGCAUCGGGCCUGGGCCGAGCUAAGUUCACAUACUGGAACUGCUGAGCCAAGAAGCCCGUUGAAGGAAGCCAACCAGAAGAGUCACAGUUCCGCAGAGAGUGCCAAAGAGGAAAUACUGGACGACAUGGCGUAUUGGCCACCGAUGAAAUUUUUUAUGGAUGACAAAGAGAAUGAAGAAUCACCAUAGUGGUUGUAGUUGCCCUGUACAAAGGGUGUACUUACCCUGCACUAACCUGCGUCAUUUUAAUUAGUUUUAGUUUUUGACUUCUGAAUUGAGACAACUUUUAUUAAAUGUGAUUCGUAUCAAAAGUUUUUAGACUACUGAUCAUGACCAGAGCUUCUGCUAGGCUGUAUGGCAAGAUAUUCCUGGUGCACCAAGCCCGGCAAAAUGGGCGAAAGACUCCUUACUGUCAAGAAUUCAUAAGCAUUGAGGUACACUCUAGUACUUCAGAAGCACAGAGCAAGAAUUAUUCAGGAGGUGAAACAGCCCUUUUCCCUGCAACUCAAUACGGUCACUGUGCAGGGCGUGGCGCAAUGGUGCCCUCUCUUGUACGCCUUUCACAGUGAAAAGGAUAGGGUUCGGAGAGCAUGCGCUAAUUCAGGGUCAUUCUGGCGCUCGCCACUUUUGAGACGAAAGAGGUGCUUUCUUAGUACGAGUUGUAAACCAACAGAAGGCACAAUUUCUUUUUUUCAUUUCGAAAGCCAGUAUUGGUCAGAGCACCUUCAAUUCUUAUUUUUGCAAGAAUACAUAUAUCUUACAGUGGCGCGUUAGCUGCAAAAUGCAGUACAUUUGGCAUCUUCCACAACUUUUUGCAGAUGCAGUGCAUUAAGAACUAUGCAUAUUUGGUCAAGACAAUGUCUUGUUCUCUUGCAAACUUAUCUAUCAAGCCCAUGUGAGGUGAUGAAUAAAAUAUCUGUGGUCCAAUUUGUGCAUGUACAUUCACGAUAGCAGAGUUACAGGUGCUGUAGCAUCUGGUGUUAUGGUUGGCUACUUCACUGCUACUGGUGCUUGCACUCAAAGGGUUCCAAGCAAGAAUAAAAGAACUGCUGUCCACGGACUCUAGAAAACAUCGUAGGUGACAGGAUGCACCAUCGAUUCUCUACAAGUCUCUUCACCUUACCGCUCGCCAUAGUACUGCUUUCUCUGUAUCUAUAAAUUUAUUGUUGCAACCAUAGUUGUAAUGUGAGCUCUCAAUCUUUCCUUGGAAUGGUAUGAGCACACGCUUGCAAUCGGGCUGGUUCACUGGGAACUUUAAGGGUAAUUAUCUUUUCCCUGCAGGACACGCGUAACCAUUGCUGUAGUUCAGUGCAAUGUAUUUGCACCCCAUACUUAAAUUGUACAGAUAGAAGGUGCUUGCCUUUGCCGUCAUGGAGAUCCUGAUCUCUUGGUCACGUGGCAUGGGAAGCCUGCUGAAAGACAAUGCAAUGUAAUACAAAAGCAAAUGCUAAAGCACAUGGCUACAAAGAAAAGCAGCAGUCAGUGCUAGCCGCGAAAGCUUGCACAGCUCAUCACACCCUGCCCAGAUCAGAGCAAUCGCAGCAUUGUUUCACGAGGACAUCUGCCCUCGUAAUCAAAAAGCAUGCAAGUUAGUAACUUCGUGGCACCAGCAGGCACUCUCUGCUGGCGAGUUGCUGCUAACAUUUCUUUUGAGAUGCUUUGCAGCACGUAGUUGGAGCAGUAUCUAGGAAUAACUAUGCAUGGAAUUAAGCAAUGUUUGCUAAGUAUGGAGCAUUAGCAUAGUUCAUGAGCCACUUCCCAUCGAAGCGCAUGUAAGCAACGGAAAUGUUAUGAUGCACCGGAAACAUUUGGUUUCGUCCUUGCAUGGUGUGACGCUACCGUGCCGCCCUAGUGCAUUGGCAUUAUUGGUUGGCACAGGUAAAAAGAUUCUCCUUCUGAAUAAUUAUUGCUCUGUGGUCGAAAGUUAAAGGUGCUGGCUAGGCCCCUAUAAUGUUUCCACAUUUUCAAAAAUACUUAGGUGUGACAAAGCCCGCCCGCCUCCGUAUUUUUUGGCUGCAAGGCAUACUGUGGUAGCCCCACAGGAAAGUCCAUCGAGAGAGCUUUCCACUCACGGAGCGGUUUCAGAACUUUUGACAUAACCAGCAGACAACGAGCUCCAUGAAAAUCCAAGCUGGCUCAGGCCAGACUUGCUGUGACCAGGAGACUUUCCAAAAGCUGGUACAUGCCACUAUUAGUAAGUUGACUGUAAAUUGACUAGACUGGUUGGUGCAGGCUGUGAUUAGUAUAAGCAAGUACAGAACUGCAAGACCUCGGAACUGGCAAUCUUAUUGUUUGUACAGGUGCAAGUUGUUUCUUGUUUGUAAACGCAAAUAUAAGUCUUUUAAUGCUCUU